AUGGCAUAUACCGAAUUCAAAGAAUUAAAUAAAGAGUUCAUAAAUGAUUUUGGACAUACGGUUAAUGUUCAAGAUAAAGUCGAUCAUAUAGAAUUUGAAUCUGAAGAAGCACAAAAAGAAGAACAAAAUGACACAUUGGCAUUAAAGAAUCAUGGUGCAACUUAUGAUGAAUGA